AUGGCAAAGUCAUUUUUGGUCAUAAUUUUCUUAUUACUAAAACUUGUGGCGAUGAAUAAUGUGUGCGGGGUGCCAUCGGCUGCCCAGUGCCAGAAGGAGAGGGAUGCCGGAUAUAAGGCCUGUAAAUGGACAAUAAUUUCUGGAUGGCCGCCAUCAGGAGAAUGUUGCAAGCGUGUCAGGGUUACUCACACGGAAUGUGUUUGUCCUCUGAUCACACCUAAAGUUGCAUUUCUGAUCAAUGUUAAGCGCACCAUACAGCAUAUUGAAAAGUGUGGAAGAAAAGUGCCAUCUCGUUUCAAGUGUGGAAGUAUCACGACGCCAUGA